GGGUGGCGGGCCGGGCGCGGCCCUGCAUCCCGGCAGCGGCCCUGCAUCCCAGCAGCGGCCCUGCAUCCCCGGCAGCGGCCCUGCAUCCCGGCAGCACGGCCCGGCACUCGGUGAUCUCUCUUUGCGGACGCGGGUGAUCCAGGAGCACGCGCGACCGCACAGCCCUACGGGGCGCUGUGGGGCCCCGCGGUGUACACGUGUCUUUGGUGAUGUUUAUUCUUAACUAUUUUAUUAUUUUUGGUGCUAUUGGGUGAAUGAGAGGGAGCCCCCACACGGAAGCAGUGCUGGAAAGAGUUGCACUGGGGAGGCAGCUGGAGUGUCAAGAUGCUGUCGAGACCAAAGCCAGGGGAGUCGGAGGUGGACCUGCUGCGAUUCCAGAGUCAGUUUCUUGCAGCUGGUGCAGCCCCAGCAGUGCAGUUGGUGAAGAAUGAACGUAGGAGAGGUGCCAGCGCCAACCUGGACCGGCCUCGGCUGCAGGAUGAGCGGGAUGUGGUGAUGCUGGACAAUCUCCCAGAUUUGCCCCCAGCUUUGGUUCCUGCUCCUCCGAAAAGAGCCAAGCCCAGCCCUGGCCAUCCCCUGGCUGACCAUGUGGACCCUGAAGAGAGGCUGAACAGGCACGAUCAGCACAUCACUGCUGUCUUGACUAAGAUUAUUGAACGAGAUACAAGUUCAGUGGCUGUGAAUCUGCCUGUGCCCAGUGGUGUCGCAUUCCCCCCUGUAUUCCAUCGCUCACAGGACAGACAGAGGAAGCCAGCAACAUCUGGUAAGAGAAGCAUCUUUGCCCAGGAAAUUGCAGCAAGGAGAGGAUCUGAAGCCAGCAUCCCACCAGUUAGAGGAGUUGUAUCUGCCCAGGACCGACCAGAGGGGGCUGUGACCUGUGAGUCACUCACACCCAGGGAGCAAGAUCACCAGCUUCCACGUGGCAGCCAGAACUUCCAGGGACCCCAUCUGGUCACAGGAACGGGGCUCAGGGACCAGGAGGCUGAGCAGGAAGCCCAGACCAUCCAUGAAGAGAACAUAGCAAGACUGCAAGCUAUGACUCCUGAGGAGAUCCUGCAGGAACAGCAGAGGCUGCUGGCUCAGCUUGAUCCCAGCUUGGUUGCUUUCUUGAGGUCUCGCAGCCAUACCCAUGAGCAAGCGGAAGAAAAGGCCAUCGAGGAGCAGAGGGCAGGAGGACCCUCUGUUGAGGUCUCUGGAGAGGAGCCCAUUAUGCCAACUUCUGCCAGUGAGCCUAGGCAGGAAGAUGAGCCUGAGCCAGGAACCCCAGCUCUGGCACUGCCUGUGGCCCCCCAUAAGGAAUGGCUGCACAUGGACACUGUUGAGCUGGACAAGCUCCACUGGACCCAGGACCUGCCCCCACUCCGGCGGCAGAAGACGCAGGAGAGGAUGCAGGCCCGAUUCAGUCUGCAAGGAGAACUACUGGCUCCAGAUGUGGACCUGCCCACCCACCUGGGCCUGCACCACCAUGGAGAGGAGGCAGAGAGAGCGGGGUACUCCCUGCAGGAGCUGUUUCACCUGACACGCAGCCAGGUGUCCCAGCAGAGAGCACUAGCACUGCAUGUGCUGGCCCAGAUCAUCAGCAGGGCCCAGGCUGGUGAGUUUGGGGACCAGCUCGUGGGCAGUGUCCUGCGCCUUCUUUUGGAUGCUGGUUUCCUUUUCCUGCUACGCUUCUCCCUGGACGAUAGAGUGGAUGGGGUCAUCGCAGCUGCUGCCCAUGCUCUUCGAGCUCUGCUGGUGGCUCCUGGAGAUGAGGAACUCCUCGACAGCACCUUCUCCUGGUACCAUGGAGCUAUGGUGUUCCCGCUGAUGCCCACACAGGAGGACAAGGACGAUGAGGAAGAAGAUGAAGAGCCCUCAGGAGAAAAAGCAAAAAGGAAGAGCCCUGAGGAAAGAAACCAGCCUCCAUCUGACCUGGCCCGACAUGAUGUCAUCAAGGGGCUUCUGGCCACCAAUCUGCUGCCUCGGCUGCGCUAUGUGCUGGAGGUGACCUGCCCAGGACCUUCCGUGGUCCUUGACAUCCUGGCAGUGCUCAUCCGCCUGGCCCGGCACUCCCUGGAGUCAGCCACAAGGGUCCUGGAGUGUCCUCGGCUGAUAGAGACCAUAGUUCGAGAGUUCCUGCCCACCAGCUGGUCCCCUGUUGGGGUGGGGCCUACCCCCAGUUUACACCACGUACCCUGUGCAGCUGCUAUGAAACUACUUCGUGUCUUAGCCUCAGCUGGUAGAAACAUUGCUGCCCGGCUGCUGAGUAGUUUUGAUCUCCGGAGCUGCCUGUGCCGCUUUAUAGCUGAGGCUCCUCAGGAACUGGCCUUGCCCCCAGAGGAAGCUGAGAUGCUGAUCACGGAGUCCUUCCGCCUGUGGGCUGUAGCAGCCUCCUAUGGCCAGGGCUGUGACCUUUACAGGGAGCUAUACCCAGUGCUGAUUCAGGCCCUGCAGGUCAUGCCUAAGGAGCUCAGCACUCACCUCCCGCAGCCCCUGUCCAUGCAGCGGAUAGCCUCAUUGCUCACUGUCCUCACCCAGCUGACCUUGGCAGCCAGCAGCACUGCCCUGCAACCCAGCAGUGACUCGGCUGAGGCUAGUCUGUCGGCCACCCCUUCCUUGAUCACUUGGACACAGGUGUCUGGGCUCAAGCCUCUUGUGGAGCCAUGUCUAAGACAGACCUUGAAGUUGCUGCCCAGACUUGAGAUGUGGCAUGCUCUGGGCCCAGUGCCCACUGCCUGCUUGCUCUUCCUAGAUGCCUACUACCAGACCUGGAGCCAGCAGCCAGACUUGUGCCCAGGGGAUUGGCUUCAGGACAUGGAGCGCCUGUCGGAGGAGCUACUACUGCCCCUGCUGAGCCAGCCCACGUUGGGCAGCCUGUGGGAUUCCCUUGGGCGCUGCUCUCCUCUCUGCAACCCACAGUCCUGUGCUCCGGUCCCUGAAGCUCUGCCCAGCCUCGUGUCACUGGGCUGCACGGGAGGUUGCCCCCCUUUCAGUCUGGCUGGCUCAGCCUCACCCUUCCCGGUCCUCACUUCCCUCCUCACUCUUUUCAACACCCUGGCCCGGAUCCACAAGGGGCUAUGUGGCCAGCUGGCUGCUGUGUUGGCUGCCCCCGGACUCCAGAGGUACUUCCUCCAAUGUGUGGUUCCUGCGGCUGCCCCGCUCCUCACACCCUUCUCUGUGUGGGCCCUGCGACACGAGUACCACCUGCAGUACCUGGCACUCGCCCUGGCUCAGAGAGCAGCAACAUUCCAGCCAGUGCCGGCCACCAAUGCUGCCCUCCAUCAUGGCAUGGCCUUGGCUCUGCUGAGCCGGCUGCUGCCUGGAAGCGAGCACCUUGCCCAUGAGCUACUGCUGAGCUUUGUAUUCCGGCUGGAGUUCCUCCCGGAAAGCGCAUCAGGGGGUCCAGAGGCAGCCGACUUCUCGGACCAGCUAUCCUUAGGGAACAGCAGGGACCCUGGCUGUGGGCGAGGGGCUCUGCUGGCUCAGGCCUGCCAGGACCUCCCCAGCAUUCGCAGCUGCUACCUGACCCACUGCUCCCUGACCCGAGCCAGCCUGCUAGCUUCUCAGGCCUUGUACCGAGGGGAGCUACAGCAAGUCCCAGCUCUGCUGCUCCCCUUGCCUAAGGAGCCUCUGCUGCCCACUGACUGGCCUUUCCUGCCCUUGAUCCACCUCUACCACCGGGCCUCCGACACCCCCUCGGGGCUCCCUCCUGCUGACACUGUGGGCACAGCCAUGCGGGCCCUGCAGUGGGUGCUAGUCCUGGAGAGCUGGCGCCCCCAGGCCCUCUGGGCUGUGCCUCCUGGUGCCCGCCUGGCACGGCUCAUGUGUGUGUUCCUGGUAGACAGUGAACUGUUCCGGGAGACCCCAAUACAGCGUCUGGUGGCAGCCCUUCUGGCCCGGCUCUGCCAGCCUGAGGUCCUGCCAAACCUCAACCUGGAUUGUCCACUUCCUGGCCUGACAUCGUUCCCUGACCUCUAUGCCAACUUCCUGGAGCAUUUUGAGGCUGUGUCUUUUGGGGACCACCUCUUCGGGGCUCUGGUACUCCUUCCCCUGCAGCGUCGGUUCAGCGUCACCUUUCGCCUUGCCCUCUUUGGGGAGCACGUGGGAGCCUUGCGAGCUCUGGGCCUGCCUCUGACCCAGUUGCCUGUGUCCCUGGAAUGCUACACGGGGCCUCCUGAAGACAACCUGGACCUCCUUCAGCUCUAUUUCCGGGCCCUGGUUACUGGUGCACUCCGUCCGCACUGGUGCCCAGUGCUCUAUGCCGUGACUGUGGCUCAUGUCAACAGCUUCAUCUUCUCCCAGGAUCCAAAGAGCUCAGAGGAGGUAAAGGCUGCCCGCAGGAGCAUGCUGCAGAAAACUUGGCUGCUGGCAGAUGAGGGUCUCCGGAAGCACCUCCUUCACUAUAAGCUUCCUAAUUCUCUCCUCCCAGAGGGCUUUGAGCUAUAUGCCCAGUUGCCCGCUCUACGUCAGCAGUACCUCCAGAGACUGACCUUAGGGAUGACCCAAAAUGGCGUAUCAGAGACCUAGCAUAGCUGCUACAGGUGAAGAGAUGCAUACAUCCUCCUGGAGUUCACCAGCAGAUGCCUGGCCAGACAAGAGGGCUUUGCAUCCUAAGGAAGGGCAGGAGACAGAGGAGCAGAAGGCUUUCCUUCCUGGGAUUAGGCUGUUUGAGUGUUUUGGAGCAGGGUGAGCCCCACCAUUGUGUCCUGAUAUCUGGGGCUCAGGAUCUGGGGCUUCUAAAGAUCAGUGCUGGGAGGGAAGGGUGAUUAGCUACUCACCCCUUCUUGGGGACAAGACCCAUAAACUCUCCCUCUCCUCCCGCUGACCAGCCUAGAUUAUAUGAACGUUAUAACUACGUAUUGAAAUAAACAACAUUUUCUCUCCUGGGA